AUGCAAGCGCGGGAGGAGGGCGGCUUCCCCGCGGACGUGGUCUACGUGGUGCUGGAGCUGGCCAUCGCGCUCCUGGCCGUGCUGGGCAACGUCCUGGUCUGCUGGGCCGUCUGCCUGAACAGCAACCUGCAGAAUGCCACCAACUACUUUGUGGUCUCCUUAGCUGUGGCAGACAUCGCUGUCGGGGUGCUGGCGGUCCCGUUCGCCAUCGCCAUCAGCACCGGCUUCUGUGCUUUCUUCCACGGCUGCCUCUUCAUCGCUUGCUUCGUCCUGGUUCUGACGCAGAGCUCCAUCUUCAGCCUCCUGGCCAUUGCGAUCGAUCGAAUCAUCGCCAUCCGGGUCCCGCUCAGGUACAAUGCGCUGGUGACCAGUUUGCGGGCGAAGGGCAUCAUAGCCAUUUGCUGGGUCUUGUCCUUCGCCAUCGGCCUCACCCCGAUGCUGGGCUGGCACGGGCCCUCCUCGGGGGCCGGGGCGCAACCCGGCGGCCUCGGCGCGCCCGCCAACAGCUGCAGCUCGCCGCUGGUGCCCUGCCUGUUUGAGGCCGUGGUCCCCAUGGAGUACAUGGUCUACUACAACUUCUUCGCGUGCGUGCUCACCCCGCUCCUCCUCAUGCUCGGCAUCUACCUGAAGAUCUUCAUGGCGGCCCGGCGGCAGCUGAAGCAGAUCGAGAACAAGAUGGUGCACGGCGAGCGGUCCCGCUCCGUCCUGCAGAGGGAGGUCCACGCGGCCAAGUCCUUGGCCAUCAUCGUGGGGCUGUUCGCCUUCUGCUGGCUCCCACUGCACACGGUCAACUGCUACACCCACUUCUGCGAGGGCUGCGGCCACCCGCCCCCCUGGCUGAUGUACCUGGCCAUCCUCCUGUCCCACGCCAACUCCGUGGUGAACCCGCUGAUCUACGCGUACAGGAUCAGGGAGUUCCGGCACACCUUCCGCAAGAUCAUUGGGCGGCACGUCCUGGGCAGAAAGGAGCCGUUCGAGCCGAUGGCGGCCAGCCAGAAGGCCUCUGCUCACAGUGGCGAUGUCGAGAGUGCCCCGAACUGCUGCGCCGCUGGGGAGCUGGGGGGCGUCCACAGCGAGAGCGACCCGGGGGCAACCGAAGCGGUCCCGCCGUGGCCGUGGAGCAGCAGUGCCCUGGAGGGGGAAGGGAACGGGCACGCCGCCCAUGCCUGCAACAGCAGGGGCUUCCCCCGUGCCUCAGGGAGAACAGGGCCCCUCAGCCAGGGACUCCUCAGGCCCUGUGCUCACGCGGAGACCUGUGCCUUGGAAGCCUCUGGCGUGCCCUGA